UUCCCAUUCCCAUCGUGAAGAAAAGGCCGUCCACACGCAUACACACCACGCUCCUCACUAGAGCCUCGCUUUGCUCACGACCAUUACUCCUCCAUCAAACAAACACCACCAGGCAACAACCAUGGCACUUGUGUAGCGGCCAGAAGAGAGGAAGAUGGUGGGCUUGGGCGUGGGCGUCGGGACAGGGGCGUUGGGCUCCGUCAUCGGCAAGCUCGCCACCUUGCUCGGCGACGAGUACACGAUGCUCAAGAGGGUACGCAAGGACAUUGCCUUCCUCGAGCGUGAGCUCCGCAGGAUGCAGAUCCUGGUGGACACACUAGCGGACAUGGAAGAGCUCGACGAGCUGGCCAAGGACUGGAAGGGCACCAUGCGCGACCUCAGUUACGACAUGGAGGAGUGCAUCGACCGCUUCAUGCUCCGUCUCGGGAACGGCGACGCCAAGCCCAGGUUCAGGAAGAAGACAGUGCGCCAGCUCAAGACGCUCUUUGAGCGCCAUGGAAUCGGCACCCAGAUCAAGGAGCUCAAGGCCCGCGUCGAGGAGGAGAACCAACGGCGGCAGAGGCUAAACCUCGACAAGUAUAUUGUAAGUCCAACAAGGGCUGUGGCAAUAGAUCCCCGGUUAGCUGCGUUCCACGGAGUCACCAAGGGCUUGGUGGCCAUAGACGGCCGCAGGGACCAGGUUAUCUCUUGGUUGACAGAGGAGAGCGAGGAGCCCAAGGUGGUGGCUAUUGUUGGAGGUGGAGGGCUAGGAAAGACCACCCUAGCCAUGGAGACCUAUCGCAAGAUUGGAGGAAACUACCAGUGUCGAGCUUCGGUGUCGGUGUCACGCACUCCUGAUCUCGAGAAGCUCUUGAAAGAUGUCUUGUCUCAAAUCGAUGAAGCUGCAUUUAGUAAGUGCCAGGCGGAGAGGUGGGAGAAAGACCAACUAGUCCGUCAGAUCCGGCGGAUCUUGACAGGAAAGAGGUACUUCCUUGUUAUUGAUGAUGUAUGGAAAGUACAAGACUGGGAAUUUAUCAAAGCAGCUUUUCCUGAUAAUUAUAAUGGUAGCAGAAUAAUUGCUACUACACGCAUUGCCAAUGUAGCCAAGUCAUGUUGUUCUAACUCAUGUGGUCGGCUCUAUCAAAUGCUACCUUUGAAUGAUGGUGAUUCCCGAAUAUUGUUCUUUAAGAGAAUUUUUGACUCAGAAAGCUCCUUCCCUCCUCAACUAGAAAAGGUUUCAGCUAGGAUCUUAAAAAAAUGUGGUGGUCUGCCAUUGGCUAUAAUUACCAUUGCGAGUUUGCUAGCCAAUAAACCUCAAAACGCAGAUGAAUGGGAGAGACUCCAAGAUUCCAUUGGUGCAGGUCUUUCAUAUGAGAGUGAUGAUGGUGGAAAGGGUAUGGCACAUAUAUUGUUACUUAGUUAUUGGGAUCUCCCACACCACUUGAAGACUUGUUUGUUGUACUUAUGUAUAUAUCCAGAGGACGCGGAAAUCUCGUGUGAAGAACUGAAAUGGAAAUGGAUAGCCGAAGGGUUUAUUACUUCAAAACAGGGAAAUUUGUAUCAAGAAGCAGAGAGUUGUUUUAAUGAACUUGUCAACAGAAGCAUGAUCCAGAUAGUUGAUGUUGACAGUUUUGAAGAGAAAUAUUGUCAGGUUCAUGAUAUGGUGCGUGACCUUAUAAUUUCUCGGUCAACUGAAGAGAAUUUUGCCACUGUUUUGAAUGGUGUGUGCAAUUCAUUGCCAACCAAGAUGCGUCGACUCUCCCUGCAAUCUAGUGGGCUUGAACAGAAAGGGGCAAUCCAAGCCAUCAUAAGAAGUAAGUUACAUGUUCGCUCAUUUAAUGUGUUUGAAGAAACAAAGGAUAUACCACCACUUGUGGACUUCCUAUCCUUGCGUGUGUUUGAUAUAUACAGGGAUUAUUCAUCGUGGGAAAACAAGCAUAUAAGAAAUAUAGGAAGUUUCUACCAACUGAGGUAUUUGAGGAUGAGCGGACUAGGAAUCACAGAGCUUCCUGCAGAUAUUGGAAAGCUACAGAACUUAGAGACACUUGAUUUGCGGGGAAGUCGUAUUAGAAGACUGCCAUCAACAAUAGCCCAGCUACAGAAACUGGUACGCCUAUUGAUUGACAACGAUGACUUUGUGUUUUCUGCUGAUAUGUUUGGGAACAUGCGAGCCCUGGAGGAAGUGUCAGAUAUCUAUAAAGUUGACAACCCUGAAAUUUUUUUGGAAGAGUUUGGACAUCUAACAAAAUUGAGAAAGAUUUCGAUGAGUAGGUUAUGGGGGUGGUGGCGUGUGAAUUUUGGGAAUGUUAAAUGCUAUCGAGAAGCACUGGGGUCGUCUCUAAACAAGUUGGGUAAAUACAGCCUUCAGUAUCUUCAUACUAACGGAGAUAUGGGAAACAUUAUAUUCAGGGAUCCAUGUUGCACCUUUCCACACCUCCAAGAUCUUAAACUGGUGCAUGACAUGGAAAGGAUUCCCAAGGGAAUGGCCUCCCUAACCAAUACCGUGAAAUUGGAGAUAGCAGUCACACAAUUUGAUGAAGAAGGUCUCCACAUUCUCAUGGGUAUGCCUUCUCUGGCCUAUCUCCAGCUAACGGUAGGGUUUCGUGGCACCAUGAGUCCCAUGACUGUUAGUAGUAACGGAUUCAAGCUCCUAGAGGUGUUCCACUUCCACUGUAACAUAUCAUACGGAGAAGUGGGGAUAGAAUUUGCAGCAGGUGCUAUGACAGCACUCCGGCGGCUCCAUCUUUCCUGGCGCGCAAGGCUAGUUAGGUUGAGGUCUAGUGAUGAUGUUGGCAUGGGCAUCCAGCAUCUUUCAAGCCUUAUGCAACUCCAGGUCGAAACUUGGUGUGUUGGUGCAACUCUAGAGGAGGUGGAGGCCCUAGAGGGUCCCGUUGAAAAAGCAGUCACCUUGCAUCCCAACCGUCAGACUCUUCAACUCCAUCUCCAUAGAAAAGAUGAACAUCUUAUGUUCAAGGACGAGGAGGAAAGGAAGAGGGGAAGGCCCGCUGGUUUCUUCAUUCCUUUGGCCAUGUUGGAGGAGAAUGCGCUAGAGCAAGAAGAUCAAGUGAUCUGAGCUACACGUUUGUUUCUCCGACUCCGUGCUCUGCCAUUUACCACGGCUCUACAACUUAUCUCCAGAAUACUGAUAGUGGACACCUUAUACUAGGAUAUUUAAAAUAUCAUCCGAUUCACUGAUUUAUCUUACAAUUUAUUGCUUAUCGAUGGGUGGCUCCUAAGAUUAUACCUUAUCUUUGCUAUUUACCAUUUGGACCAAUUUAUCACCGUGACAAGCGAUUAAUCAGGAAUCUAGAAAUUAAUUAG